ACAUGAACAGAGGUGAGAACGGCUCGGCUGUGAGAAAAAGCCCGUGCUCCUUGGUUAUAAGCACUUCAGAGGAAACAGCGCCAGGAAAUGGAAAACUUAGUCCUCUCCAGCUCCUGCAAAGUCACUGUGACUCUCCUUUUAACCAUUCUGGGCUGUGCCAGUUGUCUGCCUCUUGACGAUGAUUCAGUUUGCACAGCAGAAGAACUUGCAAAGUACAGCAUCAUCUUCACAGGGAAAUGGAGCCAAGUUGCUUUCCCUAAACAGUACCCACUGUAUAGGCCUCCAGCACAGUGGUCACCACUUUUGGGCGUGGCCCACAGUUCUGACUACAACAUGUGGAAAAUGAACGAGUUUGUCAGCAAUGGUAUGCGUGACUUUGCUGAAAGAGGCGAAACAUGGACCUUAAUGAAGGAAAUACAAGCAGCUGGAGAAAAAAUCCAAAGUGUUCAUGGAAUCUUCUCUGCUCCUGCCAUUUCCUCUGGUACAGGUCAAACCUCCACAGAUUUUGAAGUGCAUUCAAGACAUCCCCUUGUUUCUUUUGCAGUAAGAAUUGUGCCCAGCCCAGACUGGUUUGUGGGUAUUGACGGCUUAAACCUGUGUGACAACAAUCACUGGAAAGAGCAAGUAUCAGUGGAACUCUCCCCACAUGACGCUGGGACUGACAGUGGCUUCACUUUUUCCUCCCCCAACUUUGCUACUAUCCCGCAGGAGCCUGUGACAGAGAUCACUUGUUCUUCUCCAAGUCAUCCAGCAAACUCAUUUUAUUAUCCCAAGCUUAAAAAUCUACCAUCUAUCGCCCGAGUAAACAUUAUAAAACUCAAAAGAAGCAAACUGGGGUUUCCAAUUCCUCAGUCCAAUAUGACUGCAAUAGAUAAUGAAAUAGGAGAUACAGUCUCAGAAACUCCUCUGGACUGUGAAACAUCGCUCUGGUCUUCCUGGGGCCUUUGCAAAGGCAUGUGUGGACAUUUGGGGCUGAAAAGCAGAACACGCUACAUACAUCUGCAUCCUGCCAAUAAUGGAACGCCCUGUCCCAACCUGAAUGAAGAAACAGAAUGUGAGCCAGACAAUUGUGUCUGAUGUGCUCUCUAUUAGAGCAUUAGUUAGAUAAUUUAAAUGGCAGACUUCCAUACUUAAUCUAUUUUAUGCCUGUGAAUAUGCUUAAGAGGUUAAAUAGCUGUAAUAUUUUGUUGAAAAUAUUUGACACUGAAUUUAGUUUGCUCUACCAGUAAAAUUAUCUUUUACUGAGAACACUGCAGCACCCCCUAGUGGUAGAAAAUUUGACAGACUUUGUAGUUUGGUUUUCAUUCAUGUAUGACUUCAAGAAUUACCCUGGGUGAUUUUGGAAGGUAUGUCUAUUUACUGUGUUUCUCUUAAUUAUUUUGCUAUAAUUUAUUGAAUGAUGGUGUUUUCUUCAUGAUCAUAAUUAACACAGAAGAAUGUAAAAAAAAUAGUAGAUUUGUAGUAUGAUGUUCAACAUAAUGAUGCGAAGUAUGCUUUUUAGAGAGAUCCGUGUGCAAAACAAGAAAGGUUUUUUUCCACAAGAAUAAAAACAAUGUCUGUUUA